CCUGACAACAAAGUCUCCUUAAAGUCAUUGAAAUAGGGAUCCAGGCUUCUUCCCCACCUUCUCCCCAUCACCACGUAACACCCCACCAUUCUAGUACUCCCUUCAACUUGCUGUUGCGCAGUUUUCAACUUGGAGCCUGUUGGUGAAGCGAAAAAGCGCUUAUUCGUAUCUCGCAAGCAUUGUAACUGACGCGCCUAUUCGCGUACCUAUCCCCAACGAAACAAAAUUAAUCAUCCAAACCGUAUCGGACGACAUUAAAUAAAACACAUCAUUCGAUACCUCCCAACGGAAUAUAUACCUAGCAUUAAGUCUAUAAUCCUACUCGCCUCCCUCCUCAUGACCUUUCUAUUCGCUCGCGCACCGUCGAUACGAAUCGCCCCCACUUCAACUGCGCGCCCUAUCUCCCAUUCUGUGUCAGUUUCGAAAGCACUCCCAUUCUAUCUCAAUAAUUUGCGCUCAACGGAGCAAAAUGACGGCAAGGUCUUGCGUAUGCUCAUGUUCGGUAAACCCGGUGCUGGCAAGGGAACACUCUCAGCUCGCCUCGUGAAGAAGUAUGACAUACUCUCCCUCUCCACUGGAGACCUUUUGCGGCAGCACAUUGCAGAGAGAACGGAAAUUGGCAGACAAGCAGAGGAAAUUGUUGCACAGGGAAACUUACUUCCCGAUGACGUCAUGCUAAAAGUUGUCGCGAGUAAACUUGAGUCACUCAACAAUAGGCAUUGGAUUUUGGACGGUUUUCCACGAACGUUAGGUCAAGGUAAACUGCUGGAUGCUCAUCUCCAGGUCCAGAAUGCCCCACUAAGUCUUGUAGUCAAUUUGGAUGUCGCAGACAAUGUAAUCCUGAGUCGGAUAUCUGACCGCUGGGUUCAUCUCCCAUCUGGCCGUGUGUACAACAUGACAUACAACCGACCCAAAGUGGAUGGCUUUGAUGAUGAGACAGGUGAACCCUUGACGAGGCGACCUGAUGAUAACCCUGAGCAAUUUUACGAUUCCACGUCGCCCCUGCUCGCAUAUUACGCAUCGCCCAGGUCGGCACGACUUGUCACUUUGCAAGGCGAGACAUCGGACGAGAUUUGGCCUCAGCUAGACGCCGUUGUGCGAAGGUCGUUCCCCGGCAUCCGGGAACGCGCUUCAAGUAUUGCCCAGCGGCGGUACAGUCUCAGCGACGCUUUCGCAAUGGAGCAAGAAAAGCGAGCAAUCAAGCGAGCUGCGGCUGUUGAUGGCUCUAACUCAUCUAAAAUUUUAAAUUAGCCGUGUUUCGUAGUCCAGUGUUUUGCUAUUCGCUUUUCGCCAUUUCUCCGGUUGCAACUUGUCUGGGUUGAUGUUGCGUUUUUUGUUCUACCUACGUUUCAACUACGGUCUUCUAAGUAUUUUUUGACAUCACUAUGUUUUUUAUCAAUUGUAUUUUUACCCUUGCAAUCAUACCGGUAUGAAGUCUGGUAUGCAGCCAUUGGACCACUGGAAAUUCUGGAAUUGGUAACCGGGCGACUAGUAGUACUGUCUGACUGUCUC